AACACCGCUAAGCCACGCCCAGAACACGACCGAGCCUCUCCAUUGGAGGGAAGGGCCACUUCCUACAACCAAUCACUUGUCAGAAUUUCUGACUCCACCCAGCAUUCCCAGCCCUGGGAAUAGGUGAUUGGUCAAAGGUGGAAGCGUUCUGGGCUUCUCUCACUUCAUCCUAUUUUUGUUGGCGGAAAUAUGGAGACGCCCCCUCGACUUGGUACUGCAUAUUAAGCACACAGGGAAGACGCCCCCUAACCGGGAACUCCGAUUGGCUAUAGGGGCGUGGCUUGCGGAUCCUCGCUUUCCCGCCGACGGUUGGCCACGUCACGUGACAUGGGCUGGAAGAUGGCGUCUCCCACAGACGGGACGGAUUUGGAAGCAUCUCUGCUAAGUUUUGAGAAACUUGACCGUGCCUCACCAGAUCUUUGGCCAGAACAGCUACCGGGUGUCGCUGAAUUUGCAGCUUCUUUCAAAAGUCCCAUCACAAGCUCUCCACCGAAAUGGAUGGCUGAGAUAGAGCGUGAUGACAUUGAUAUGUUGAAAGAACUGGGGAGCCUCACCACAGCUAACCUGAUGGAGAAGGUACGAGGCCUACAGAACCUGGCCUACCAGCUGGGGCUGGAUGAGUACUCUACAGGCUGUACAUAUACGGAGCAGGCGGGAGGCUAGGGGAGCUGUUUGUGCAUCGCUGCCAGAGAGAUGACAAGGGGAAAAUUCUUGAACAUUCUAGAAAAGCCCAAGAAGUAGCAGCUGCUCAUGGACUGGUGUUCUGAAGACUGUAACAAAGCUCCCUUCUAAAUACGACCCUGAUGCCCACCACGCGCUCUCUUGGGAAAAGCCUGGAGGCUGAGCUUCAGGACUGCCCUCCUCCCCUGCCCCGGCACCCUGCGCUUCUGAGGAGAGAUUGUUAUAACCAAGGAGCAUUGCUGUUUACUGAGUCGGCUUGGUAGCUCUGGCUGUUGGUAACACAGGGGUCCUGUCAUUCUGAAAGGUAUUUCCAGGAGCCCCAGGCUGGUAUGGUUCCUCUGAUUCUGUAAUGGCAAAGUCAGUAGUGACUUGUUGGUUGAAUGGGUUCUGUUGAGUUGUACUUGAUCUCUUAAGCAUUCAUGACGAGGACGUCAGAGACCAACUGUGUUCUGGACCAGACUCUGCAUCCUGACCUGUGAACUCUGCAAGACCUAUUGAUUCUAUGACUUCCAUUCGAGAGGAAACAUUAGAAUCUUGUUGAAAUGCACAUCUGCUUAUUUAAGUCUAUACCUCCAACGACACUCCCGCUCUCAGGACUGCCCUGUCCCCACCUCCAGUCCCACUCGCAGGUCUGACUCCAGACAAGAGGAGCUCUUGCAGUGACUUUCCUGGGAUUAGUUGUAGAGUGAACGGCUCAUGCUGUGCCACUUUGCAUCCUAGACCUCCAGACCAGGAAGAAGGUAACAGAAGGGACUCUGGGUAGUCUGUUAUAUUUGUAAGUAAAAAAGUGGGCGGGCAUGGUUGUGAGAGUCCCCACCUGACUGAAGACAGGAAGCCUGAUUGACUGCUGUACUAGCCAAUGGUAGUGGCAUUUGUCCCCUCCUUCCUCCUCUCAGCCACUUAUCAGAUGCUUUACUUAUAUGAUAAGAACACACCCCAUGAAGUGUGCUUAACUACAACUCUCGCCGAUUUUUUUAUUUUUUUAUUUUUUUUUGCAAAUUGCAUAUGUCUGCUAAAUUCUGAAAAUCUUGCCCAUGGGUAAAAUCGAUUAGACCUAGUCUCUCACAUUUCGAAGAGUACAGCAGGUUCCUUGAACAUUGUAGAAAGAAAAGCUCUGUGGCCAUCGUCCAUUGGGAGUGUGGACACAGGAAAAGUUGUAGUCAAGUUUGUGGUCUUGUCUCUGUUAGGGCACAGUAUUCUUGGGGUCCACAGCAGGUCCCUUGACUGUUUUUGACAUUUGUGUUUAAUGCUAGAAUUGAUGUUGGAUUUUCCCCCUCAUUAAUGGUUUUGAUCAACACAAUUUUACUUUUUUAAAGAAAAAGGCAGUGAAAUAUAUACCACAAAAUAUGAAUAUGAGAAGAAAUAUAUUCUGGGGUACUCCCUACAAGGGCCAAUUGAUUUUAAACUUAAUUCUAUAAUUGACAUUUUUUAAUCUCACUGAAUGCAGUUAAAGUGAGUGUGUAUGCAUGGUGGGAACAAUGCCAUAAUGUCAGUUGUCAUUCUUCACUCUGUUUUUGAGAGUUGAUGACAUCAGGCACUUUUCAGAGUUUGGGGAAAUUGAAAAGUCUGUGGAGAAUACUGAGCUAGCUCCCCCAAACUAAAGCAAGUCUAUAAUAGGAAGCCAGGAGUUGUUGUUUUGAUCUGCUAUGCCUCCUCCUCCUAUCAUCCUAUUCACCAGCACUUAAUUAAUGUAAGUAGAUGUUUUAGACUUGUGCUAUUUAUUGUUUUUGUAUUGUCAUCCUUAGAAAUGUUAAUGGUGUAUUUUUAUAUUGAUAAUAUAAAUUAAUGUAUAGUAUGUAUAUGUAUUUUAUAAUGUUAGAGAAUACUUUGUGUAUAAUGUUGUGUCUCUAUA